AUGAAUCGCGAUGCCCUCGCUUCCGGCACUAUGGAUUCUUCCCAGCCUCUAGCAUCUUCCAGUUCGUCAACGGUCCUCGAUACCCCCCGAAUGCAAUAUCGCAGCCGCCCGGUCUCGGUCGCCGUCGACCCCGUCUCGCUGAUCAUCUCGGAAUGCAUCUCGAUCACGUCGGCCAUCCAGAAGCAUGCGCGCUCCCAGCACUCGUCUGUUUCGGCGAUUCUUGGAGGAAACCCGAACCCCCUGCAGCUAGGCCCUCCCAGCCCCUCACUCACCGGACGAAGCAAAAGUCCCCUCGGCCUCGGCCUCGAUGGCGACUCUGACGCUGCAUUUGGCAACCGAUGGGGCCUUCGUGGCCAGAGGGGCAGGAGCAUGCAGGAUAACCCCAUGAUUGCAGGCUUCGGAAAGCUGCGACACGAAAUUGCCGGGAGCAAAGAUGUUCGCACCUUCGAUGCCCCCUCGCUCCUCGCCCCUUUUCUGCACGUUAUGCAAGCAAAGGGCACCGCGGCUCCCAUCACGAUCCUCGCUCUUGGUGCCCUGCGAAAGUUCCUCGCAUACGGUUUUGUCUCCCCCGAGUCUCCUCGAUUCGCCCUCGCUAUGCAGUCCCUUUCGGCUGCCGUCACGCACUGUCAGUUCGAUAUAAGUGAUUCGGGUCAGGUUGAGGUCGUUCUCCUCAUGAUACUCAAUCUCAUGGAGGAUAUGAUGUCCGGGCCGGGAGGGGAUAUACUCAGCGACGAGAGUGUGUGUGAUAUGAUGGGUCGUGGCUUAGCCAUCUGCUCACAGCCACGCUUCUCGCCUGUCCUGCGCCGUACUGCCGAGGCUGCCAUGGUGAGGAUGUGUCAGAUUAUCUUUGAAGAUGUCAAGCAUAUCGAGGUCGAGGCUGGGCCCGAGUCGACGGCUCUUGAUCAGCAAGUCCAGGGCGCCAUGGGCCAUGUUAGGAUGGAAACAAACAAUUCCGAGGUCCUCAAGACGCCAGAGGCAGAGACGAAGGAUUCCGAGAGCACUAAGGGCUCUGAUAACGGGGGUGAGGAGGGGGAGAAGGAGGAGAAGUCAGAGGAGGCAGAAGGCGAGCCUACCAAAGUAGCGCGACAGAAAAAAGAGACGACUGAAGUCACUGAGGACACGGAGUCUCUGGAUCUGAAGCCUUACUCUCUUCCCUCUGUCCGCGAGCUCUUCAGGGUUCUUGUCAACUUCUUGGACCCUCACGAUCGUCAACACACAGAUACUAUGCGCGUUAUGGCUAUGCGCAUCAUCCAUGUUGCUCUCGAGGUGGCAGGUCCCUUCAUCGCCCGCCAUCCCGCCCUGGCCAGCAUUGCCGAGGACCGGCUGUGCUGCUAUCUUUUCCAGCUUGUCAGGUCGGACAACAUGGCCAUUCUCCAAGAAUCGCUCAUUGUAGCAGGCACACUGCUGACAACCUGUCGCCCGGUGCUCAAGCUGCAGCAGGAGCUCUUCCUAUCCUACCUUGUCGCAUGCCUUCACCCGACUGUCGAGAUCCCCCGCGAGCCUGGCAUCGACCCUUCCCUGUACUCGGGAAUACCCCAGACACCGAAGCUCGUCAAGCCCCCGUCUACACCUACACAGCAGCCGGCCAGCGGUCGCUCGACUCCAGUUCCCGUCAAGGAUAGGCAGAAGCUCGGAUUGGAGGGGGGAUCACGCAAACCAGAUGCUCGCCAGGCCAUGGUUGAGGGUAUAGGAGUCCUCUCGAGGAUGCCGACGUUCAUGGUGGAGCUUUUUGUCAACUACGACUGCGAUGUCGACAGGGCGGAUCUCUGCGAAGAUACUGUAGGACUGCUGACCCGCAACGCCCUUCCCGACUCAGCUACCUGGAGCACAACUAGUGUGCCCCCUCUGUGUCUCGACGCACUGCUCCGAUACAUCCAGUUCAUCGCUGAGAGGCUAGACAACGAGCCUGUUUCCGAGGGAUACCCUGACCCAGCUCAUCUGAGGGAGGAGAGGCGGAAGAAGAGAGUCAUCAUCCAAGGUACCACCAAGUUCAAUGAGAAGCCAAUGGCCGGACUUGGUUUCUUGGAGGCCCAAGGCAUCAUCAAGGAUGCUCGGGACCCUGUAGAGGUUGCUACUUUCCUCAAUGGGACCUCGCGGGUCUCCAAGGCUGUGCUUGGUGACUUCCUAUCGAAACGAGGGAACGAGGCCAUUCUCAGCGCCUUCUUGGACCUAUUCGACUUCUCGGGCAAGCGCGUGGAUGAGGCGCUGAGACUGCUGCUGGAGGCUUUCCGGCUCCCCGGUGAGGCUCCCCUCAUUGCCACAAUUGUCGAGGUAUUUUCCGAGAAGUACAUUGAUGGUGCGAACCCUCCCGAGGUUUCGGACAAAGAUGCCGCGUUCAUCUUGACCUACGCCAUCAUUCUGCUCAACACCGAUCAGCACAACCCCAACCUCAAGGACCACAAGCGCAUGACUCUGGAUGACUUCUCGAGGAACCUGAGGGGACAGAACGCCCGCGAGAAUUUUGCCCCCGAGUACCUGCAGGAGAUUUACGAGACCAUAAAGUCUGACGAAAUUAUUCUCCCCGAUGAGCACGAUAACAAACAUGCCUUUGAUUAUGCUUGGCGUGAGCUUCUUCAGAAGACUGAGUCGGCUGGCGAGCUUGUUGUUUGUGACACAAACAUCUAUGAUGCCGACAUGUUUGCUGCCACCUGGCGGCCUAUCGUCUCUACCCUCUCCUACGUCUUCAUGUCUGCCACGGAUGACGCCGUCUUUGCGAGAAUCGUGACGGGUUUCGAUGAGUGCGCUCGCAUCGCUUCCAAAUAUGGGAACAAGGAGGCCCUCGACCAGAUCAUCUACUGCCUCAGCCAUAUGACAACACUGGGAACCGACGUGCGCCUCAACACUGCUCUCAACACCGAGGUGCAAGUUGGGGAGGGAAGCGUCAUGGUCAGCGAACUGGCUGUUAAGCUUGGAAGGGAUUUCCGUGCUCAGCUGGCGACCCUGGUGCUUUUCCGUGUUGUCACUAAUAAUGAAGCUCUUGUCACCAAGGGUUGGAACGAUAUUGUUCGCAUUUGGGUAAACCUCUUUGUCAACUCCCUUACUCCUCCUUUCUCGCCUCCCGAACUUCCGGACCUCGGCAUCCCUCCUAUCCCCUUGCAGUCUCCUUCGCAGGUGAUCGACAGGGCCACCCGGUCCACAGAAACCGGCUUCUUCUCGGCGUUUACAUCCUACAUAUCUAGCUAUGCCGCCGACGAUCCUCCCGAGCCGUCGGAUGAGGAGCUGGAGAGCACCCUCUGCACCGUGGACUGCGUCAAGUCAUGCAAGAUUGACAAAGUGUUCAGCAACAUUGCAAAAUUACCAACCUCUUCGCUUAGUGGCUUAGUAGAGGCUCUGCUCGAGCAGUUGCCCGAGAACAAACAAGAACCCGUCAUCUCCGUGAAGCAAGAGGAUAUGCCCAGCCCCCACCCCAGUGGGCGUGACCGACCGUCGGAGUCUCUCGAGUAUGACCCUGUAGUGGCGUUCCUGCUCGAGUUUGCGACGAAGCUGGCCACCCGGGAUAAGGAUGCCGUCGAGGCAGUCGGGAAGCGAGAUCAUGACUUUGCCAAUGUCCCUUACCUACUUCACAGCAUUUCCACCCUCUCGCAAAGCGUUCUCAGCAAGGCCGCAGAACUCACUCUAGCCGGCAUUGCAACCUGUAUCGACCAGCCCGGGUCUUUGAGGAACGAGCUGAUGACAUCUCCCGACUUCUGGAAGCUGCUCCAGAAACUUGCUAGGGACCCAGAGUCUGCUGCCAAGGUGUUUGGUAUCCUCGAGAGAGGUACGUCCGGCAGCCCCCCUGCCAUUAUGGCUGAUAACUAUGAGGCAGCAAUUGCUCUGCUAGACGAUUUUGCUUCAGCUGCCAGCCCGCUCAAGUCUCAGGAGCCACAAGCUGCCCCUAAGAGAGCGGACCAGCCGAAGAAGCAGGCCAAUAAGGAUUAUGAUGCCAUCGUCAGGGGUUGCAAGGCCAUCGAAAUACUGCAGAACAUGACCGGCCGUAUCCCACAGCUCAUUGAGCAGUCUCACCUCGAGGCCAGCGAAGGUUGGCUUUGCCCGGAACUCCCUCAUACAUGUCCCCGACGACUUACUGAUUUUGUCUUUUUCACAGCUUGGUCGGCUUACUGGCUGCCCGUCUUUCAGGCUUUGACCGCGCAAUGCACGAACCCCUGUCGCGAGGUCCGCCAGCUGGCAUUCUCCUCGUUGCAACGGUCGCUGCUGCUCCCUGAACUCACCAGCAACGACCCCCAGGAGUGGACUGCCAUAUUCGGAAGCGUGCUGUUCCCCCUGAUUCAACGACUCCUCAAGCCGGAAGUAUUCUCUACCGAUCGUGAUGGCAUGGGCGAAAUGCGCGUCCAGGCUGCAUCGCUACUGUGCAAAGUGUUUCUACAGUACCUCGUGCUUCUGUCCGAGUGGGAGGGCAUGCUCGAUCUCUGGAUAAAAAUCGUCGAGAUAAUGGAUCGUCUAAAGAACAGCGGUCAAGGUGACAGCUUGGAGGAGGCGGUAUGGGAGAAUCUGAAAAACGUCGUGUUGUUCAUGGCGAGCAGUGGCUAUCUGGUGUCCCCCAAGCAGGAUCCGUCCAAGGAACAGCUGUGGACGGAGACUUGGAAGCGUAUCGACCGCUUCCUCCCCGAUCUGCGUAGCGACUUGGCCCUUGAGGGAGAAGAGGAGGUCGAGGAGACUGGAAAGAAGCAAGAAGGCAAGAAGGAGGAGAAGGGGGAGGAGAAGAAAGCUGACGAUGUAGACACAAAGGAGGAGGCUAAGGAGGCCUCUUGA